AUGGCUGCCAACGAGAAGAACGAGUCCGUCACCUUCGGCGCCAGUAUCGAGCGCUCCUCCAGCCCCGCCAUGCCCGCCACACAGCAGCUGCUGCGCUCGCCGCAUUCGCAGGAUUCAACAACAACUACCGCUACUGCCACUGCCGAUGCCGACCCGGCCAAGAAGGAGUGGACUGCCGACGCCUCCAACCCCUACUCGGCCUUUUACAAGCACCCAGAGGCCCUGCGCGAGACGCGCCCCUCGAUCAAUGACAGCAUCCCCCCCUCAAAGGCCCACCUUGGCGUCACCGAACACGAUCUCGAGGGCGCCGUGCCCCUGUCGGUAGCCUCGACACAACAACAGUCCAAGACAUCCGUCGACGGUCGCGUCAAGGAGUGCACCAUGUGGCCCACACGACAGGCUGUGCUCGAGAAGCGCAAGUCGUACCAGCGCAAGCGCGGCUGCGCCUUUUUCCGCAAUCUGACCAACAAGCAACGCCUGUGGGCCAAGAUUGUCAUUGCUCUCCUCGUCAUUGCCGCCGCCGUCGGCCUGGGCGUCGGUAUCUCGCGAGCUGUUGGCGGUGGUGUAUGGGCUGGCAACGGCCAGAGCAAGCAGAUACCACACAACUGA